CAGAAUCGUCGUCUGCCCUGGUUCAGACGGGCAGAGGCGGCCGCGCGCGGACCUCCAGGCGUCGGUCUUGCUGUGGGUCUACGCCGUGCCGCUGGAGGACGACUCCUGCGACGCGGAGGAGGGCGGCGGCGGCGCGGCGGCCCCGCAGCCGAGCGCCGUAGUGACGGUGGCCGCGGACGGCGAGGUCCCCGAGGAGGCCCCGCCGCUGGCCAGUCUCCUCCUGCGCCCUGGGGCCGGAGAGAAUCAAAAGGGCCGCGAGACGAUCCUGGACGGGAGCACCUGUGGACCCUUCCAGGUGAGCUGCGCGCCCGGCGGCGCCAGCCAGGCCGAUUCCGAGGACGGCUUCGUCUCGGAGCGGGCCGUCGGUUGGGGCGCCGCACGCUGA